GCAGAGAGAGAGAGAGCUGCUUGUGUUCAUACUCACACUCACAGAGGCUCGUCCUGUCAGCGUCUCCUUCAUGACUCUGGAUUAUAAAUAUGUAUUUUGUGAUUUCUGCCAUGAAAGCUCAGAUUGAAAUCAUUCCCUGUAAGAUCUGUGGAGAUAAAUCCUCGGGGAUCCACUACGGGGUGAUCACCUGUGAGGGCUGCAAGGGUUUCUUCAGGCGGAGUCAGCAGAGUAACGCCGCCUACUCGUGUCCCCGCCAGAAAAACUGUCUGAUCGACCGAACGAGCCGCAACCGCUGCCAACACUGCCGUCUGCAGAAAUGUCUGGCUGUGGGCAUGUCCCGAGACGCUGUAAAGUUUGGUCGCAUGUCGAAGAAGCAGCGGGACAGUUUGUACGCUGAGGUGCAGAAACAUCGCCUCCAGCAGCAGCAGCAGCAGCAGCAGGGUUCCCUCCUCCUGUCCCACCCCGGCCUGGGCACCCCGAGCCCAGGCGAGGCCGAGCCGCUGUCCCCUCACUACAGCCUCUCCUCCGGCGGCCUCACAGAGCUGCCGGACGAUCUGGGAGGCUACAUCGAACAGAACUCACCUGAAGGAGGAUCGGUGUCUUCCAAGGCAGAUUCUGGAGGAGGAGGAGGCGGGUUCUACCUGGACUUCCAGCCCUCCCCGGACCAGUCAGGACUCGAUAUAAACGGCAUCAAACCGGAGCCGCUGUGUGACUACGGAUCCAGUAAUGGCUUCUUCCCGUACUGCUCCUUCAGCAACGGGGACGCGUCCCCCACCGUGUCUAUGGCGGAACUCGAUCACCUGGCUCAGAUCACCUCAAAGUCUCACCUGGACACGUGUCAGUACCUGAGGGAGGAGCUGCAUCAGAUGAGCUGGCAGAACUUCCCGCAGGAUGAAGUGGACAGCUACCAGAGCAAGCCGCAGGAGUUGAUGUGGCAGCUCUGUGCGGUAAAGAUCACAGAGGCCAUACAGUACGUGGUGGAGUUUGCCAAACGGAUCGACGGCUUCAUGGAUCUCUGUCAGAAUGACCAGAUAGUGCUGCUGAAAGCUGGCUCCCUGGAGGUCGUCUUUGUCCGAAUGUGUCGCAUGUUUGACUCUCAGAACAACACCGUCUACUUUGACGGGAAAUUUGCGGGUCCUGACGUCUUUAAAGCUUUAGGUUGUGAUGACUUGAUCUCGUCAGUGUUCGACUUCGCUAAAAGCAUGUGUUCGCUGCAUCUGUCGGAGGACGAGCUCGCUCUGUUCUCUGCGUUCGUUCUGCUCUCUGCAGACCGGUCGUGGCUGCAGGAGAAGCUGCAGGUGGAGAAGCUGCAGCAGAAGACUCAGCUGGCUCUGCAACACGUCCUGCAGAAGAACCAGAGAGAGGACGGACUGAUCAUCAAGCUCAGGUGUAAGGUGUCAGCGUUGCGUUCGCUGUGCAGUCGACACACAGAGAAGCUGUCUGCGUUCAGAGCCGUCUACCCUGACGUCGUCGGCACGCACUUCCCUCCUCUUUAUAAGGAGCUGUUUGGAGGCGACCUCGAGGUGACUCUGCAGACCGACGACUGAACUUUGACCUCCUCGGAGCUAAGCAGUGACCCGAGGGACGGACGCUGCAGGGUCCUGGAGGACAGGGGCGAUGACUCACGCUGCUGUUGCACUUCUUCUCCUGAACAGCUGAGUCGACACAAACAGAGAUGUUGAACUCUUCCUCCUCCUCCUCCUCACAGCUUCGGGUUAUGAUGCAGUGAGGAGUCAGGCUGACUCCCCCCACCUGCACAUAGACACACCUCGGAUCAGGAUGCAGGAUGUGGAUCAGAUUCAAAAGACACCUUCAGUAUUCACGCUGAAAACCUGCCCCCAGUUUGUCAAGACAUCAGCACUUCUUCUAACUGUUUCUUUAACUUUGAGAGAAACUCACAAGGAAACGAGGAACAUUAAAAUGUAUUUGUCUCAGAGAAGCUAGUUCGUCUGGAACUCGCUGAAAUAUUUAGUGCUGUGGUUGGUGAACAAACUGCUAAACAUGUAUGUUGGUGCUGAGCGAUCAGAACAGCUCACCAGCUAUCUCACUUCAUCGCUCAUCACACAGUUUACACAGCUUUUGUGGAGCAGGGUAUCUUAAAACUGGAUGCACAUGGAGCUCAUAUGAUAGCCUCCUCUGUUUUAGACCGCUGUCCUCAAAGGUAAGCCUGGACAGUGAACGCCUCGUCUAUAUGUUGUCAUGCAAAUCUUUUCCCUCUCCUUUGGUUUCGUCCAUAGACUGUAUGUAAGAAGUGAACGCAGCUUCAGAAUCUAGAUAAAAGGGGAAGUCAGUGCAGAAGCUUCUCAAACAUGGCCUGACAUUAACAUCUGCAAACGUGUCACAGUCCCUCCCACUGGUCACUUGGCUGACUGCAAUGUGACACUACAACACUACAACUCCCAUGAGCACUACCUGCACACAGUGUUUGAUCAUUGAUCCUCGCGCUUGCAGUCUAGUGACCGACCACGCCGUCGUUCCUGUGGAGAACAUGGUGGAGAUGGGAGUAGGAGGAGGAGCAAAAGUGAAAAAGCUGAAAAACCACUGGACACAGUGUCUGGUGAGCAAAAAAGUUGAUAUCAAGCCCUGUUCUUAUCCGGGCCUUCUUCCUGGAGGACGACUCGACUCGACUGGUACGACCAAAAAACGAGAGUCUGAUUGUGUCGAAGUCAGUGAGUAAGAAAAAAAACAGCCUUCUUUACGUUUGACUUAUAACAUCAGUACACAUCAAGUUAAAGGUUUCAAUUCCUAGUCUCAAGACUUGAAGUUGUUUUUGUCAAUUUGGAUUUAUUUUAGCGUCAGAAAGACAACAGAGCAUGGUACCUUUUAAGGCGUCUUUACCUGUGAUUGAAAAGUCCCAACAAAAGCCUCCCAAAAACAUUUAUUAUUUUGGUUUUAAUGAAAGUCCCCUGGUUUAAGGGCCUGUUAUUGGCUGGCUAAAGUUAACAUCCCAACUGUUACUGUUGUGACAGUUUUAUUGAAUGUUUUUGCUGAUCUUUGCUAACCAGGCGAAAAACAAGAUGGUGACAAUCAGAAUGCUAAAACUGAGGCCUCAAAUGUUGCAGGAGGGCUACGUUCAUUUCUUAUAUACAGUCGACUGUUCUGUCAUCGGUUCUUUCUUUUUUUAGGGAUGCACCACUCUGUAAAGAAAAAGUCAGGAAAGUCAUCUUUCUCUUCCCUCUUCUAGUUCUGAUUCUGAUUUAGAGCAAACUACUGGAGGUGACAAGAAAGUUUGAAAAGGUGUUUUUUUAGUCAUCCAGGGCGCAUGACACUGGACUUUGGCACUUAGACAUCACAUUUCCAAAGCAACCAACGUGUUUCAAGUGUAGCUGGGUUCAUUUGUCUCGUCGUUUUCUCCCCCUGAUGUCUGCAGAAUUCAUCACUCAGGUUCUUAGAAUCCAGAUUCAUGUUUCUGAACACCACAUCAUACUCUCGUCUCUUCUCAGGCAGAUUGAAUUCAUUAUUAUUCAUCUAUCCAUUAUCUAUAUCGCUUUUCCCGCUCGGGGUCGCAUGGGGCUGCAGCCGAUCCCAGCUGUCAUUAGGUGAGAGGCGGGGUUACACCCUGGACUGUUCACCUGUCAAUCACAGAGCUGACAUAUAGAGACAGAAAACCAGCCACGCUCACAUUCACAUUUAGAGUCAGCAGUUAACCUAACGAGCAUGUCUUUAGACUGUGAGAGGAAGCCGGAGUACCCAGAGA